AUGCCUAUCCCAAUUCCCACGGCAGACAAGCUUGUCGACCUCUUCAGCUUGAAGGGCAAAGUUGUCGUCGUCACCGGCGCCUCAGGCUCCCGCGGAAUUGGUUUCGAAGUAGCUCGCGGGGCUGCCGAAUUGGGAGCUAAUGUGAUCAUCACAUACUUCUCUCGCGAGACGGAAGCCGUGGAGAACACAAAGAAACUGUCCGCCGAGUUCGACGUAAAGGCCAGCGCAUACCACUGUGACGUUUCCAAUUAUGACUCUGUCGAGACCUUUGUGCAGACUGUGAUUAAGGAUUUCGGGCAGAUUGACGGUUUCGUGAUCAAUGCCGGACAGGCCGCUGAAUGUGGCGUGCUUGACGGCUCUGUUGAGGACUGGAUGAAGGUCAUCCAAGUCGAUCUGAAUGGCGUGUUCCACUGUGCCAAGGCUGUCGGCACACACUUCAAGGAGCGUGGCACAGGCUCGUUGGUAAUCACAUCAUCCAUGUCGGGUCAUAUUGCGAACUUCCCUCAGGAGCAGACUUCUUACAAUGUUGCCAAGGCGGGCUGUGUGCAUCUGGCCAAGUCGUUGGCUAACGAGUGGAGGGACUUUGCUCGUGUGAACUCUGUUUCCCCCGGUUAUAUUGACACUGGUCUUUCAAGCUACAUCAGCAAAGAGACCAAGGACUUGUGGAGGUCUCUUAUUCCUAUGGGUCGUGAUGGUAUCUCAAAGGAGCUGAAGGGCAUUUAUGUAUACUUGCUCAGUGACGCGAGCUCUUACACGACUGGCUCUGAUAUUUUGGUUGAUGGCGGCUACUGCGCUCGUUGA